AUGUGGACCUGGUACAAAAUAUUAAUUUUCUUUUACCUUACAACAGAAAUUUGGAUGGAAAAGCAAUUUGUCUCCUGGAGAGGUAUGAACCUACAAGCAUAUUCAACUGGGAAUUUUACCAAUUUGGAAAGAACAAGAUUUAGAAGAGCCCUUUAUAAGGGACAUUACUGUAGGACUCGUGGUUGUUGUGAAGACAGAAAUGAUGACUGUGUAACUCAUUUCUAUGAGGCAAAUGCCAUGUGUUACUGUGAUAAAUUCUGUGAAAGGGAAAAUUCUGAUUGCUGUCCUGAUUACAAGUUCUUUUGCCAAGAAGACAAUCUGUAUCAAAAAGGUUGCCUCAGAGAUGGUCGACAUUAUGAGGAAGGAUCUGUAAUUAAAGAAAACUGCAAUGACUGCACAUGCUCAGACCAGCAGUGGCGAUGCUCCCAGCGAGUAUGCCUUGUUCGUCCAGAAUUAAUUGAAAACGUCAAUACUAGAGAUUAUGGAUGGACGGCUCAUAAUUACAGUCAAUUCUGGGGAAUGACUUUAGAAGAAGGCUACAAAUUUCGCCUUGGCACCUUGCCUCCUUCUCCUACACUUCUGCGCAUGAAUGAAGUAACAGUCACUUUGCCUUCAAAGAUUGAUCUUCCAGAAUUUUUUAUCUCCUCCUACAAGUGGCCCGGAUGGACUCAUGACCCAUUGGAUCAAAAAAACUGUGCUGCAUCCUGGGCAUUUUCUACUGCAAGUGUGGCAGCUGAUCGAAUAGCAAUUCAGUCCAAUGGUCGCUACACAGCCAAUCUAUCCCCUCAGAAUUUGAUUUCUUGCUGUGUCAAGAAUCGGCAUGGAUGCAAAGGAGGGAGCAUUGACAAAGCUUGGUGGUACCUGAGAAAACGUGGGUUGGUAUCUCAUGCAUGCUACCCACUUUUUAAGGACCAAAUCUUCAACAACAAUGGCUGUGACAUGGCAAGUCGAUCUGAUGGACGGGGCAAAAGGCAUGCCACAAAACCGUGUCCAAACAGCAUAGAGAAAUCUAAUCGAAUAUAUCAGUGCUCUCCUCCAUAUAGAGUCUCUUCCAAUGAAACUGAAAUAAUGAAAGAAAUCAUGCAGAAUGGACCAGUACAAGCAAUAAUGCAAGUCCAUGAAGAUUUCUUCCAUUACAAAACAGGGAUAUAUAGGCAUGUCAACAGCAUAAAGGAUGAAUCAGAAAAAUACAGAAAUCUAAGCACACAUGCAGUCAAACUCACUGGAUGGGGGGUACUCAGAGGAGCACAAGGAAGAAAAGAAAAAUUUUGGAUUGCUGCCAAUUCCUGGGGAAAGUCAUGGGGAGAGAAUGGAUAUUUCAGGAUUCUUCGCGGUGUGAAUGAGUCUGACAUUGAAAAGUUGAUUAUUGCUGCUUGGGGCCAUUUGACGAGUUCAGAUGAAUCAUAA